AUGUUUAUUGUGGCAGCAGCUGGAAGUAAUGGAGAUGAUGGUAGUGAUGAUGGUUUUGCUUUUAAGAGAAAGGAAAAAUCUGCAGAGGAGAAGUGUGUUGAGCAGACUGACUACUUAGAUUGGUUGAAGGGACAAAAGGAAAAAUUGGAUAGAGGAAAAGAAAUUGGAGUAGAAUUGGAACCACUAAAGAACUACUGGCAGAGUAAUAAUCUAGAUGCCGGAGAAAAGUUUCUGAAGAACUACAUCCUCAACAGACAAUACAUAGACAAUGAUGAAAGAAUGCCAACUUAUGAUGAGAUUGUAAAUGAAAAUGAAGAAGAUUUCUCUGGAGAUGAAGAGCUUCUAAUAAAGCAAGAUACAUUUGAAAGAAAGUACAACUUUCGCUAUGAGGAACCAGGUGCUGCAGAGAUAAACACAUUUCCUAGAGACUUUGAUGACACAGUGAGGCGUAAGGACACAAAAAGAUCUGAUAAGAGAAAGGAAGUUGAAGAAAGAAAAAAAAAGGCUAAAGAGAAGAAAAAAGAAGAACUGAAGCAGUUGAAAAAGAUGAAAAGACAAGAGAUAAUGGACAAGCUAGAGAAGCUAAAACAGAUUACUGGGAAUAAAACUCUGGGUAUUGACGAGAAAGACCUUCAUGAGGACUUUGAUCCAGCUAAACAUGACCAGAUGAUGCAGCAAUGUUUUGAUGAAGAGUACUAUUGUGAGGGUGAAGGAGAGGAUGUUAAACCUGUGUUUGACGUGUCAGAUGAAGAAAUGGGAAAAGGAAAAAAGUCGAGCGUUGACGUUGGUUUUCAGCCACCAAUUGAAAAUUGGGACAACUGGACUGGUGAGGGUGUUGAUUACAAUGAUGGCAAUGAAGAAGAGGGUUACUGGAAUGAUGAUGGUUCUGAAUAUCACGAUUUUAUCAUGGAUGCAGACUAUGAUCCUCUGGCAGAUAAUGAAAGAAAGAAGAGUAAAAAAGAGAAGAAGAGAAAAAACAAAUUAGCAAAGGCUCUCACUACAAAGAAACCUGUUUUUGAUCCAAAUGAGAAGACAUUUGAAGAAUAUUUUGACGAGUAUUAUAAAUUGGAUUAUGAAGAUAUCAUAGAUGAUAUGCCAUGUAGAUUCAAGUACAGAAAAGUCACUCCAAAUUCUUACGGACUUUCUGUAGAUGAGAUUCUAAAAUGCAGAGAUAAAGAGUUGAAUGCAUGGGCCUCCAUAAAGAAAAUGAGUCAGUAUAGGACAGAAAAUGAGGAGGAGUAUGAUAUUAAAGCAUAUUCAGCAAAGGGCAAAAAUUGGAAGAAAAAACAAAACAUUCUUACAAGUCUUUUUGAAAGUGAGGAGAAGGAAGAGAAAGACACAGAUAAGACACAAACUCCAGGAGAAAGAAAAAGUAAGAAAAAGAGGAAUAGAAAAAAGAAGGCCAACAAGAAAAAACUAGCCAACAGUGUAGGCAGUCAAGAUAGCAGUUUAGCUGAGCUAAAUGUGAGUAAGGAGGUGAAAAAGAAGGCUACAGAGAGACUAGAAGUUAUUGAUGGUUAUUUUGAUGCACAGAUAGAAAAGAAAACAAACAGGAAUGGUGAUAAAAACAAAAGUGAAAGUAAGUUUGGUAAAAGUGAUUUAGAAAUUGAAAAAGACGGUGUUGGAAUAAAGGAGAGUGAUAGUUAUAGAAAUUCUAAAAAAAGGAAAACCGAAGAAAUAGAUUCAUUAGUAAAUAUGGAUUCUGCCAGAAGUUCAAGAAAGAAAAAGAAGGGGAAAAAAGUGGAAGAAAAGGUUACAGUUAAUGCUGACUUAGAAAAAGUUACCAGUGAUGAAAAAGUUGAAAGUUGUGAAAUGAAGGCUGAAAAUCUGUAUGAAAAUGAAGGUAGUAACCGACCUGAUGUUAAAAAGAAGAAAAAGAAGGAUGGACAAAAAAUAAAAUUAUCUGAGGAAAGACUCAAAGCUUAUGGAAUAAACCCAAAGAAGUAUAAGUACAUGAAAAAGGAAGAACUGUUCCAAAUUCAGCCUAAAGUUAGGUAGUUGUCCACAUAGGAAAAAGACGCAUUUGGCCAAAAACAAAUAAAUGAAUUACAGUCAUCGCAUGUGCAAGAUGAAUUUUUAGAAAAUAAGAAUUACUGUAUUCGUAGAAAAGAUUUUGGCCAAAAACAAAUAAAUGAAUUACAGUCAUCGCAUGUGCAAGAUGAAUUUUUAGAAAAUAAGAAUUACUGUAUUCGUAGAAAAGAUUUUGCGCUUUUUAAGUUAGCACUUUUCUCGGUAGACAUGGUAUAACAGCUGUUAUGUUGUUAUAAUAAAAAGCGAUGUACAACAGACAAGGUCAUGCAUCAUAAACGUAGCAUCAAAAAACUAAUUUAGGCCGUAGCAAUUUAAUUUUAGCAGUUACUACAAAUCCGUGAAAGUUUGUCUCCACGAAAAUGCCGACGUGAAAAUCGCGAAAUAUUGUAUCCCCGAAUAUUUCUAGGAAUACAGUAAUACCUAAAUGCUCCUUAUUCAUGUUAUAAAAAUAUAUUGAUUAAUUGUUAUAUUGAUGUUUUUUUGUAAUUAAGUAAACAGUUUUUAAAAUAGUAUAUGAAAAAAGAUUUUAUUUCAUCAAGAAUUGAAUAUCUUUGUGUAGUUCACUGUUACUAUGUAUACUGGUUCCAACACAUAGAUAAUCUGAACACUAAGUUAAUAUUGUUUUGGCGUUUUCCAUCCGAAUUUCGUUUCCGUGCUAGUUCUCUGCAACUACUGGCUGGAAUUCAACUGAACUUUAUGGGAAUCAUCAAUAUCAGAAGGAGAUGCACAUAUCCUCGCCUUGUUCCGGUCCGACCCUUGAACACAGAGUUAUGGCCCUAAAUUACAGAUAAUGCAAAAAGAGCAAUAAUCGUUUCCGCGUUUAUUCUCUUCAACAACUUGCAGGUGUUCAACAAAACUUUAUGGGAACCGUCAAUACCAAGAGAUGAUGCAUAUCCUAACCAUGUUCCGGUCUGACCCUUCAGCACAGAGUUAUGGUCCUUGAUUAGUUUUGCAGUAUGCAUAUAGAGCAAUAAUCGUUUCCACGCUAGUUCUCUGCAACUACUGGCUUUAUGGGAAC